AUGCUGUUAUUUGUUAUUGUUCAACCAAGCUACCAAUACAAUUAUUCAUGUAAUUCAAGUGCAUCAUGUGGAUGUUCAUCUAAUUCAGCAGCAGUUACUCGAAUUGUCGGUGGAGAAUCAGCAGGAACAAGUACUUGGGGUUGGGCUGUAUCUAUUUCUAUAAGAGGUACUUCAUUAUGUGGUGGAGCUAUCUUGUCAAGUUCAUGGAUUAUUACAGCAGCACAUUGUGUAUCUGGAAUCUCAGCAUCACAAGUGACUGUCUAUGCUGGUUCGAAUACUCGAUAUUCUGGUCAAUCUCGAGUUGCAUCUAGUAUAACUGUACAUCCAAGUUAUGUCAAUACUACUAAGGUAAAUGAUAUUGCUUUAAUACGGCUUAGUACUCCGUUAACAAUGUCAAGUUCGACAGUGAAGAUUAUAUGUAUUCCAUAUGUAAGUUCGGCUACGUUACUCGCAGGUGAAUGGGCAUCAGCUGACUUAUACGUUGUGGCUGUAGGAUGGGGUACAUUAUGGGAAGGUGGUUCAUUACCAACAGCUCUUCAACAAGUAACCGUUCAAACUAUUGAUUAUCGUCAAUCUUCUUGCAGAUCUGUGUUAAAUAAUCCAGUAAUGCAAUUUUGUGCGGGAAUUUCUGGUGGUGGUAAAGAUACAUGUCAAGGUGAUUCAGGUGGACCUUUAAUGAUGUUUACAACAAGUAAUCAAUGGGUAUUAGUUGGUGUAACUAGUUAUGGUGUCGGAUGUGCACGUGCAGCUUAUUCUGGUGUUUAUACUCGUGUAGCUUAUUAUCAAAAUUGGAUAAGUACAACAACGAGUGGUGCAUAUACAAAUGCAGCUUCAUCGGAUUCAGCAAAUAUAGAUCCUUUUUCUUCAACUGUUUCACUAACUAUUUCUCAUUUAUUGCUUCUUCUUCCACAACUAAUUUGCAUCAAAAUUUAUUUAACAUAA